GACUAAAAACAAGUUUGAACUUUGAGGAAAGUGAAAGAUGGAAGAUCAUAGAAGUGAUAUAAUAUAAUAAUAAUAAUUAAUAACCAUAAAACAUAUAUAACUGUUAAGUGGAAGUUUAAAUAUUUUAUUAAUUUAAUUACUUUUAACCAUUCUUUUUAUGAACUAGUUAAAAAAAUAAAUAUUAUUAUUGAUUGUACGACGUCACAAAUAUGAGCGAGCGUUAUCGAGAUUACAAAGGGUCAUCUCGAUCGACGCGUGAUGAUUCUAGGAGAGUCGAGAGUCAUGGGCGAGAAAGGACGCGGUCGAGAUCUCCAAGACGAAGAUCUCCAUCAGAAUAUAAACCGGAAAGCAGGCGGAAUCGAGAUAACUUUGACGAUAAAAGGAAGAGAUCUCCUAGUAACAGAGAAUGCAUUGUUGAAGCUCCAGCACCACCACCACCUCCUCGUAUCAGCAAAAUAAGUAUUGGAUUCUCAAAGCCACAAGCUCCAAUCAAAAUGACAUUAGGAGGCUCAUCAAAACCUAAAGCAGUGGCAGCUCCAAAACCAACAGUAGCUUCAGUCUUUAAUAAUGAUGAUGACGAUGAAGAGCCAGAAGAAAUGCCAGCUGAAGCUCGUAUGAGAAUGAGGAAUAUUGGCAGAGAAACACCAACAUCUGCAGGCCCUAACUCAUUUGGAAAAACUAAGCAGGGUUUCUGUGAUGCUAAGAAAGUUUUUGAGAAGAAUUUAAAAUAUGCUCUUGAAACAGCCCAAAAACCAGACAUUACUAAAUUACCUAAAACCAUCUAUAAACUUCAGGGCCCAUAGUUUAACUAAAUUGUAUUUAUAAGCUUUUAUUACAUUAAUAUAAUUGUUAUAAAAAGUAUCUAUAAACAUAAAUUGAUUUGAAAUUAUGUUAAAAGUAAUAUUGCAGCAAUUUUUGGUCACUGUAAUACAUGUUUGUAUUCUUAACACAACAACCUUGUACAAAAGGAUCCUUAAUAAAUAAUUAUAAUAGAA